AUGCCUAUCACUGCCAGCGACGCUGCUCCCGGUGCCGCCAUGAAGGCUGAGAUCACCGAUUACACCAAGGCCUUGGAGGUUGUUGACACCUACAAGACCCGCGAUGGCCUUGAUGUGGAUACUCUCAUUGAUUCUGACAAGCACGGUGCUUUGACCUACAAUGAUUUCCUGAUCCUGCCCGGCUACAUCGGCUUCCCCGCCUCCGAUGUGUCUCUUGAUACCCCUGUCACCAAGCGUAUCUCCCUGAAGACUCCUCUUCUGUCCUCUCCCAUGGACACCGUCACCGAGCACAACAUGGCCAUUCACAUGGCCCUGCUCGGUGGUCUCGGUGUCAUCCACCACAACUGCUCCCCCGAGGCCCAGGCCGAGAUGGUCCGCAAGGUCAAGAGAUACGAGAAUGGCUUCAUUCUCGACCCCGUUGUUCUCUCUCCCAAGGCCACCGUCGGCGAGGCUAAGGAGCUCAAGGCCAAGUGGGGCUUUGGUGGUUUCCCUGUCACUGAGAACGGAACCCUUCGCUCCAAGCUCGUUGGUAUGGUCACCUCGCGUGACAUCCAAUUCCACCGCGACCUCAACGACCCUGUGACUGCCAUCAUGGCCACUGACCUUGUUACCGCCCCGGCUGGUACCACCCUGGCCGAAGCCAACGAGGUUCUCCGUCAGUCUAAGAAGGGCAAGCUUCCCAUUGUUGACUCCAACGGCAACAUCGUUUCUCUGCUUUCCCGCUCCGAUCUGAUGAAGAACCUUCACUACCCCCUUGCCUCUAAGCUUCCCGAUUCCAAGCAGCUCAUCUGUGCUGCUUCCAUUGGUACCCGCGAGGAGGACAAGUACCGUCUCAAGCUCCUCGUCGAGGCUGGCUUGGACAUUGUCAUCCUGGACUCCAGCCAGGGUAACUCUAUGUACCAGAUCGAGAUGAUCAAGUACAUUAAGAAGGAGAUCCCCCAGAUCGACGUUAUCGGUGGUAACGUCGUCGUCCGGGAGCAGGCUGCUUCUCUCAUUGCUGCCGGUGUCGAUGGCCUGAGAAUUGGCAUGGGCUCCGGUAGUGCCUGUAUCACCCAGGAAGUCAUGGCUGUCGGUCGCCCCCAGGCCGCCUCUGUGCGCAGCGUCUCCUCCUUCGCUGCCCGCUUCGGUGUUCCCUGUAUCGCCGAUGGUGGUGUCCAGAACCUGGGCCACAUCGUCAAGGGUCUUGCCAUGGGCGCCAGCACCGUCAUGAUGGGCGGUCUCCUUGCCGGUACUACCGAGUCUCCCGGUGAGUACUAUGUCAGCAACGAGGGCCAGCUCGUCAAGGCCUACCGUGGUAUGGGCAGUAUUGCCGCCAUGGAGGACAAGAAGGCUGGCAACGGUGCCAAGGACAGCAAGGCCAGCAACGCUGGUACUGCCCGUUACUUCUCCGAGAAGUCCAACGUCCUUGUCGCUCAGGGUGUCGCCGGUUCCGUCCUUGACCGCGGUUCUGUUACCAAGUUCAUUCCUUACCUCGUCGCCGGUGUCCAGCACUCCCUGCAGGACAUUGGUGUCCCUAGCCUUACCGCUUUGCACGAUGGUGUCAACGAUGGUACCGUCCGCUUCGAGAUGCGCAGUGCCAGUGCUAUGACUGAGGGUAAUGUCCACGGUCUGCACAGCUACGACAAGAAGCUCUACGCUGUACUCCUUGUCUCGUCCAGGAAUGAACUCCUUCUACUUCACCGAGUGAAAACUUCCAGCUCCUUCGCUUCGGCUCAUGUCUUCCCUGGUGGCAAUUUAUCCACCCAAGAUGGGCCUUGUCCUCCACCUGAAGACCUAGCUCGACAUGAAGAUUCUCCUACUUACAGACGCGCAGCUAUCAGAGAGCUGUUUGAGGAGAGUGGUAUACUUCUAGCCAAAAACCGCACCUCAGGCAGGAUGAUUGCCGUCGAUGAGCCUACUAGAGAAGCAGGCCGACGACUUAUCCACCAGAAUAAGGCUACCUUCGAUGAGUGGUUAUUGAAGCAAGAUGCUCAUGCGGAGCCAGAUAUAGACCAAUUGAUACCGUUCACUCGUUGGGUUACGCCGACUAAUGUCCCCAAACGAUAUACCACUCAGAUGUAUCUUUACUUCUUGCCUUUGCCCACUGAUGUUGAUAAGGCCGUGCUUGCUGAACUCCCGGCUGAAGGCGAGCGCGACCAGUUGGAGAGCCCAACCAGCGAUGGUGGAAUUGAGGUUACAGAAGCACAGUUCCUCCCGGCAAUGGAAUGGAUCGAUCGCGCACGAAAGGCAGAGAUAAUUCUUUUCCCUCCUCAAUUCUUGUUGCUGCACUUGGUGUCAGGGUUCCUGGAUAAAGAACCUCGUGCGGGCGCCUCUUUAGAAGAGAUGCUUAAGCGCCGUCAACAACUUGUUGAGUUUGUUCACUCUGGUUCUCCUUCGUGGGUGCACAAGUGUAUUUCUCCCAAGAUGAUUCAAAUGACCGGCGAUGGCCGCUCUGUUUUGGGAUUGAGUGAGCCUGGCCCUGAAUUGAAUGGAACGGAUAGGCAAGGCGAGUCCGAGAGAGUUGUGCUUGUGCGGUUCAAGAAGGGAAGCGCAAGAGAGGUGGAAGUUGGAUGGAAGAAAGACGUUAUGCAGCAAGAAAGAGAAAAGAGCAACUUGUAG